AUGUGAACCAUUCUCCCAAGCACGCUGGACAAUGAGGAAAUGAGCAGUGAUGGGGAGGGAAGUAUCUGAAAGCACAGAUGACGGGCACAGGUCCACAGAGGAGGGGCAUUUAUCACAAAUAUCAGUGCCAUGACUCACAGAACCAGCUGGUCCUGAAAUGAGCGAUUUACCGGUGACACCUCCCAGCCCCCUGCGAUUGAUGAGAUAACUGAAACGGGCUAUAAAGCACCCCAGGAGGAGGUGUCCCAUAUUCUCUGUGCUUGGCUCAUCCUCCGAAGAUGAAGGCUUUUCUGGUCAUCCUGCUGGCUGCCGUCCUGUGCACAGAGCCAGGUGGUUCUUUGAAAUGUUACACGUGCAAGAUGCAGCUCAGCAACUCCAACUGUCAGACACAGAAGCUGUGUGGCAACGACUCUCAAGCAUGCAAGACGGAUGUGAUCAACGUCGUGGGCUUUUUCAAUGUCAUCAACAAGGAGUGCGCUGCGUCGUGCCAGCCGAACUACCAGGACUUCACCGUGGGAAAGCAGAACGUUUCCUGCUGCAGUACCGACCUCUGCAACCACAACGGGGCGGGCAGCGUGGGCAGCAGCUACGCCGCCACGGCCGCGGGGCUUGCAGCCAGCGUCCUCUGCGCCCUUCUGAGGAACGGGCUGUGAGGCGUGGGGAGGAGCCCUUCGGCCUGACAGAAUCCUGGCGCUUCCCCGCUGCGGCUAGGAUGCUCACCACAGGCCCCAGCUUCACGCUCAGCUCUCUCGCGCGCUUAUAGCUGGCUGCAGAUGCCUCCCUGGCAAGAGCUUCGUUCCUGCUGUUCAUCAAGAAUAAGAAACUCUGUGUGUGUGUGUGUGUGUGCGCGUGUGUGUGUGUGUGUGUGGUGUGCCUCUGAGAAGGACGCGCCGCUUGGCUGACGCAUUUGUCACUCCGUCAAGUGCACAUCCGGGCGUGUGUGUUUGUGUGCCAGAGACACAGAUUUUGGCAGACACGCAUGCUUUGUCACUGUUGCCGUUGUCAUGCGUGCUAUGUGAGAUACCCUUUACUGUUGUAUAGCAAAGCAGAAGGCAUGAAUUGUACAUACAAAACAGUUGGAGCCCUGGUCUGUGACUCUGGCACCUAGGUGCGACUGCUGUACAAAUAAUAAAUGAAAACAAUAAAGGAAGGGAAGCCUUGGCGUGUUUUGGAGGCCUGGUACCAUGCACCCCAUGUCUAAUUAGCUUCUCAGCUGUCACACCAGGGAAGGAAAGUCCUAAGCUUCUCAACAGCCCGCCAGCUGCUUGAUUUCUUGUUAACUCCUUCCAGGCUGCUCUCCUUCCCCGACCCGGGCCUGGCCCCUGGAGACAUUUUCACCUAGAGUUACCCCAGCGUUAGGAUCGUUUGCAGUUGUUCCCCUCGACUGCUGUUCUGAGUGGUAGUAGCACCCUCUGAAGCCGCCCUCCCUUCUGGUCUUUGGUUCUCUCUCGCUGUGUAUCCUCCAGGCUACUCCCUGGUACAUGUCUGAUGGCGGAGACCAGAACAAGCUUUGCUGCAUGGCUGAUGAGGUGUUUCCCUUGGAGCAGCUCCAGGGUUAUGCACUGUACAAGGAAGAGUGGAGAGAAUAAACAAGCAAGUGCAUAUUUCCCAUCCCAGCUGCUUGAUUUCUGAGACGUGCAUGCGCACACCCAAUACCAUAGGCGAGCUACAGGGGGGGAAGCCAGUGGUAGAAAAUCAACAGAAUCCAGAGCAGGGAAGAUAAAGAGACUUGUCUGGACUGACUGUGCCUCAGGGAGAUGUUCUCAAUGUCACUCAGGAGCGGAGAGGGGAUCCUGUCUAGGAUCAUCGCAAUAUUUCCUCCUCUCAGGACUGGCCCUGGGAUUUCUGGGGCCCUAUGCAGAAUAGCCCAUGAGAGAACCCACCUAGAUUCCUCCCUCCUUCCCGGGAAUAAUGGGAAUUUCCCCUACCUCCCAAGCAUAUCCAUGCCACCUCCUUGCUGCCUGGGAGUCCCCAUUCAGGCCCUGGUGGCUCUCUCCUUCCCUCACAUGUUUAAGACUCUCUGCUAUCUAAGGUUUCAGAGUAGCAGCCGUGUUAGUCUGUAUUCGCAAAAAGAAAAGGAGUACUUGUGGCACCUUAGAGACUAACCAAUUUAUUUGAGCAUAAGCUUUCAUGAGCUACAGCUUAUGCUCAAAUAAAUUGGUUAGUCUCUAAGGUGCCACAAGACCUCCUUUUCUUUCUACUAUCUAACAUCCCUCUGAGUUUAAGUGGCAACUUCCUCCAUAGGGAGCGGCUCAAGGCUAUCUCUGGCAUAGGAGUCCAUCCUCUCUGACACAACCUGUUUGCCUGCCCACACCUACCAGAGUACACAGGCAGCUAGCUCAGAGGAUUGUGACUGGUGUGAGCAGUGCAUUUAGGAGCAAGGUGAGCCUCGUUACGUAGGUGUGAUGAGGGGGUCCCAGCGACUCAUCCGCUUGUAUUAGAAGACCCUGGUUAAGGCAUCUCCCAGCCUGCCUUCUCACUGGGCACUCAGCACAGAGCUCUGAAGCUGAUGGGGGUUUGUUUGCACUCUAAGUAUUUCCAGGAAGUCGCCUUUUAGUGGGUGGGGGGCAACUGAUUUAAAGGUUUAAAGAUUUAAAUCAGCAGUUGAUUUAAAGGUGACCUGCAAUAGAAUUUGAUUUAAAAAAUGGGCUCCUGCCUUUUUUUUUUUUUUUUUUGGCUUUUUAUGAUCAAUAAAGGAGGCUGGAAUAGAUUUUGCCCCCCAAAAGAGUUUCAUUUUUCCCCUAUGCGUAUUCUUUUUAUUAGAAGUUAAAAUCUUGUCUGCCCUGGAAGAGUCUUCAGAGAACUUGUCAUCACAAAAGUCAAGAGAAUGAAGGUGGAACAACUGAGAGAGGAACAGGUUUUUUUUAGUACAAUGUCUCGACUGUGUUAUUUUGAGUGAUCUACCCUGGAGUUACUUCCAUCAUUACCCUGUCGCGAAGGGUCCUGGCCACACUACAGAAUAACAGACCCUUUGUCAUAAUGCCCUGGGUCCACACUGGCAUUUUACCACCUGGUGUGUUGUGCAGACUUCUGAGGACACGUGACAUGGCUUGUAGCUGUACAAUAAGCUUCCCCACUUUUGCAGUGUAUUGUGAGAGAACUUGUCUGUCCUUUCUGGGCACCCUGGGCAGACAUGAGCCUGAGCUAUAAUAUAUGGUAAUUUUGUAGUGACGACAAGGCCCUUUUGUUUGGCUCUGUUUCCUUUUGUGGCUUGCAUUUAACUCUGAUGCCUAAUGAACAUUUUGGAGAAAGGAAGGCUUGGUUAAAGAUUCAA